CUGAUACCCGCACGCAAUUCGAAGACAGUCAUGUUUUCUCGUCUGACGCCUUCAUGGGGUCGGUUCUUAUCCUCCGGGACUGCAGCUCCGCGGUCUGCAUUUAUGCCGACUAGGAGCGUGGAAGCAGGCCGGAGGUAUUUCACCCGCAAUUCGUGUUUGAAUCAAUCGUCAUCGGCGGCACCAUUCAAUACGCCCCAGUCGCAAAAGCGUAAUGCGUCCACAAUGUAUUACACAAUCAGUUUAAUCCUCGGUACAGUUUCCCUCGCAUACGGCUCCGUUCCGCUAUAUAAGAUGAUAUGCCAACAAACCGGCUGGAAUGGACAGCCCGUUCUUACGCACCGUGCAGGUGACGGCGACACAUCAUCCCGCGUCACGCCAGUGACUGACUCUCGUCGGCUGCGGAUUACAUUCAAUGGUUCGGUAUCAGAUGUACUACCUUGGAAAUUCACACCGCAGCAGCGCGAAGUCCGAGUUCUUCCCGGGGAGACAGCGCUUGCAUUUUACACGGCCACGAAUAAGGGACCGACGGACAUUAUUGGGGUUGCAACAUAUAGUGUUACGCCGGGCCAAGUUGCGCCUUACUUCAGCAAGAUCCAGUGCUUUUGUUUCGAGGAGCAGAAACUGAAUGCUGGGGAAUCGGUCGAUAUGCCGGUGUUCUUCUUCAUUGAUCCCGACUUCGUAACGGAUCCGGCAAUGAAGGGGAUUGAUACGAUUACGCUCUCCUACACAUUUUUCAAAGCGCGAUAUGAUGACAAUGGUGUGCUCAAGGCCAUUCCGGGAAGUUAAUAAGCUUCGGGAAACCAUAACCUGACGAACUGGUUACAUUUGGUUUCUCUGCGGCCGUCACGCAGCCGCCUCUGAGGCUGAAGUACAACCGGCAAUGGUAUGUCUAAUUGACCGAGCAUACAGCACCUGUAUUCAUCUCGAUACCCUCGACAACAUCGACAACCUCGAAGAAUAACCUACCUCCCUCCUCCAAAGCAAGUAUAUGAAUGUACCAUAGCAAGCAGGAUUGGCGUUUUUGAAAUUUGUAUUAUAGCAUACAUAUGUAUAUACUACAACAGUUGAUUUACAUUGUCUCUCAGACGUUGUAGAUCGAUCAUGCCUAAAUUAGCACUAACUAGAAGAUAUAUAUCAGAUUGGAACCCCCCAC